AUGACCCAGCGAUUGCUGGCGAUGGAGAAGAGCUCCCUCGCCAUUGCUAGAGCCAUUGCCGACUUCGCAGGCAACAUGUGGACGCUGGUCAGAUCACGGAUACGGAAAAGUCCACAAAAUGGUCUUGAGCGGGGGCGGAUCCGGAAUCGGCGCAAUGUCCCAUCCAUGGCUGGGAUCAAGGCAUUUGUUGACAGCUGCAACGGGACGCUGGACAGCGUUCCAGACAGAUACAUGAUGCCGAAUGGAGCUGCCGAUGUCUCCCGGUACGCGGUGCUGCCGAUAGUCGAUGUGGCGAGCGAGAGCUUCGAGAGGGAUCUCCUCAAGAACCACGGCAUUCACACCGAGGAUGUGAUGAGGUGCGCUCUCGAGUUCUUCAACUCGCCCAGCGAGGACAAGAUGCGGUACUACACCGAGGAGAUCUUCACACCCGUCCGCUACUGCACCAGCAUGAUGCCUUCGAAAGAAGAGAAGCUCGAGUGGCACGACCACCUCCAGAUGUGGCUCAAGGAAGAGUCCCUCGGAGCGCACCCCUGGCCCGCGUUCCCAGCCAGCUAUAAGUCAGUAUCUCGCUCCUUGAUUAUGGUAUUGCUCUAG